CAGUGGACCCCAACAAAAAGAGGGACAGAAAUAACCCUCGACAAACAACACAACAGUCUCAGUCACUUACUACACAUCACACUGUACUGUCAACACACAGCAUGUUUUACGUGUAAGUUGUAUUGUGAGUGUGAGCUGUGUUGUCACAGUAGUGUCAGUAGAAUAAGUUUAGCUGCAAUAUACUGGAAUAGCUGGUCGCUGCUUCGCCCUUGUUUAUGAUUUUACCGUGUUUUUUUGUAGAAAAAACACACAGUGACAUUACAUUUACAUUAUGUAUGGUUUUGAUAUCUGACUGUGCUGUAGCUGCUGUUAUUGCACCGUAAUCUGCUCAUUAUUGGCCGGCCUGGUCUAAUUGAGGAAUAAGAUGGGGGCCUGCAUGGGUGUGGACCAAGAACAAAAGAAGGCACGCAUGCACAGUGAGGCCAUCGAUAAGCAACUUAUAGAAAUGUCCAAGGAAGAAGAGCACAUUGUGAAGAUUCUUUUAUUAGGGGCUGGUGAAAGUGGCAAGAGUACACUCGUGAAGCAGAUGAAGAUAAUACACAGUGAUGGAUUUACAAACCAUGAGCUCAUGAGCUUUAAGCCUGCUGUCUUAGACAACCUGCUAAGUUCAAUGAAGUAUGUCUUAAAUGGAAUGGGCCUUCUGCGCAUCCCUCUUGCAAACCCCAGAAAUAAGUUAUAUGCACAGACGAUUCUUCAGUGUCAUCGAUGUUUUGAUGAGCGGAUUAAGAUGCGUUCAUCUAUUGCAAUAGCUCUCCUGGCUCUGUGGAACGAUGCCGGAGUCAGAUCAUGUGUAUCUAGAGGACAUGAGUAUGAACUCAACGACUCGGCUUUAUAUUAUUUUGAAAAUAUAGAGCGGAUAACUUCUGAGUACUACAGACCAAGCACGGUAGACGUGCUGAGAGCACGGGUUCGGACCACAGGAGUUAUUGAGACUCACUUCAAGAUCAAAGGAGUGAUAUUCAGAAUGUACGAUGUUGGAGGUCAAAGGUCAGAGAGACGGAAAUGGAUCCAGUGCUUUGAUGAUGUGAAAGCCUUACUGUAUGUGACAGCCCUAAGUGGUUAUGACAUGACACUCUUUGAAGACCCAGAAGUGAACCGAUUGAGGGAAAGUCUACAUUUAUUUGAGUCGGUCUGUAACAACUGUUUCUUUAGGAGUACCACCAUCAUCAUGUUCCUAAAUAAAGUGGAUCUAUUUCGACAAAAGGUCCUUCACACAGAUCGGCAACUUAGGGUGUACUUUCCAGAGUAUCCAGGGCCUGAUUAUGAUGUGGAGACAGCCUGCCGUUUCAUCCGAAGACGCUUCCAAGACGCCAACCACAACCCCAAGAAGCCCAUCUAUCCGCACUUCACCACGGCAACAGACACAACAAAUGUGGAGGUUGUCUUCCAGAUUGUCAUGGAAACCAUUAUCAGGGAAAACCUUAAAACAGCUGGUAUGUUAUAGCACAGGUUUUUUUUACAUUUUUUCUUUUUACUUAUGAUAACUUUUGGAAAGUAAAUUGCCCUACUUAAGUGCACAUGUUUCAAGAGCGCUCAAAAGAUUUUUUAUAUUGAUGAGAAACUUCCAGUAUAUUUUAUAACUAAAAAGUGUUUGUGUACUCAAAUAUUCUUCAAAUGCCUGAAAUGUCAAGCACUGCCACAGCUUUAAAUGUAUUGAACUAAGUUAAGAAAACUUUUACAACUAUUAUUAUUUUUUUUCUUCAUAACUGCCUUAUUCAAAGUGUCUAAUUUCAAAAUGAAUAACUUGUUCUGUGCAACAUGCAUUUUCACACAACUUAGACAUUCUAUGUCACGGUUUCUUGUUUUUAUUUAAAUAUUAGUUGAUAACAAAGCAAGGAUGGAAAUGCAGGCCUGGACUUAUCGAAGGCCACGGAGGCCAUGGCCUCUGUUGCGCCUAGUCUUGGUCUUUGCCUUCCAAUGGAAGUGCCUGUCGCAAAAUGAAAAUGGCCUUGCCCCCUCAAUGAUGAAAUUCCAGGCCUGGGAAUUGGUUUUAACACUCUAUACAACUUCAUUUUUCUUCACUACACCUUUACAAAAAAUCAAAGGCUGACUUUGCUGAACUUGUAUUCAUGUUUUUGUAAAAAAAUAAAUUGCAUGUGCUUUAACCCUUUUCAAAUCCUUCUAUAACCUCUUGGCUGAAUGAAGGAUUCAGAGGGACUAAUGAGGGCUGUAGGCCCAAAUAACAAUUACUUAUUAUUUAGACAUUCCUACAUCUACUGCCAUCCCAAAGAAGGACAAACAUAGAAAGAGAAAGCGGAUAAGACUUUAUAGUCUCUUCAGUCUUAGAAAUUUGCACUAAUGUAUACAUGUUAUAACGAAAGCACGUUAUCACUCAAGAAAUACUUUUGCCUUUCGGAUGUAUCAAGGGAACACAAAUCAGAAAGAUACAUUUUGUUUGGUGAGAAACAAAAGAUUUUCAAUACACACAAUUUCGAAAGAAAAAAACCCCUCAAAAAGCUAGGCAUAUUAGGUUCAACACGCAUUAAAAAAAAAUGGGCACUGAAAGAGUUAAAGUUUCCAAUAUCAACAGGUUUUUAGAAGCAUUUAUUGUUGAAUAACAACUGAUUAUUUUGUGGGAAAGUCUUAUGUGCAAGGCAGUGCUCUCUCGUCUUCUUUGAAAUAAGUUUUAUGUUUGCUGUAAGCAGAACUAAACUUACUAAUUUGAUCAUCUAAUGAGAGACUUUCGAACACUAGGUGGCAGCAGACUGACUAGAUAAAUUCCAUUGUGAAAGUAGUUCUGAGCACGCGCACAAUAUGGGCAUAAAUGGAUAUACCCGGUAAGUCUGCUGCCACCUAACAUCCCAAAAGACCAAUCUUUAUUGGGAGCUCAACACUAAAUCUUUUGUGAAUAUUAUGUCUGGCAUGUUUUAUUAUAAAAAAAAUCUGGAGUUGACCAAACUUCAUGAGUUUUUAUUGUUGAUAGGAGUGAUCAGCAUUCAUGAAGUUGUACUUGAUGGCCUUUUUAAUUUUGUAUUUGUAAAUAUUGUACAGGUCCUGUAAAUUUAACGUGCUUGCCAUUGAGAAUAUAGAUUAUGUAGCAUAAUUUAAAUUAGUUUUUGUUUUUUGUUCACGCCAAAUACGACACAUUCCAGAAACAGUAGGUGCAGUGCUGUUGUGCAAGUUUAUAAUUAAUGUUAAGGUUUAUUUUUGAGCGAGUUGUAUUUCUGUACGAAUUCACAGGUAUUGUGAAAGUCUACAUGCAAUGCUGCAUCUUCUCCAUUAUUUUAAGUUAGUUCUAAGUUAUUGUAAGUACGUAUUAUUUCACUUUAAUUUUUGUAAGUUGUUACACAAAAUCGACAGCAAACAAGUUUACUUUUGUUUACUCUGUUUUUUUUUUGUCUUGUUUUUUUUUAUAAAGCUUUAAAAGCAGCGUUAAAAUGUCAACUUCUGAAACUUCUAUGAUGAUCAUGAUGACCAGCUGGGCCCAAUUUCAUAUAUAGCUGCUUUAAGAUGGUUUGAUGAAUGCUUUAAAAGGCCACUACAUUCAAAAAAUGUUGGUGUUGCAAUGGAAAUAUUAAACACUCCAAUCUGAAAGCUUACUGGUUAUCAGGAUCAUGCUAAAACAAAUGUUGUUCUGCAAAAAUUUCCUCUGAAAUUAAGUUGGAUUGAAAAAAAAAACCUGUUUCUGAAAACCUACAAAAAAUGCAACAGCUGAUUUCAGGUGUUAAAACCAAAACCUAAAACAUACUGAACACUGCUUAUGGUAUUUCAUUAUUUUCUCCUGUCUCACACAACAGGUUAAGAACAAGUUAACACAGGUUUGUUAUGUCUGUGACUCUUUUUUUCAGCUCUACAAAUCCUGUAUUAUACAUUUUAUAUUAAUGUCUGCACAACCGAUUGAUGUGUAUAUAAGUGGAAAGCUGAAAUCAUAAAAUACAGAAUGUUUUAAUUUAUUUUAAUCUAAACAGUGUUACUGUCUGGGCCCAGAUUCGUAAAGCCUGUAAGCACACAAAUUUGCUUAGCAUGAAAUUUCUUCCGUGAUUUUUAGGAUAAGCAAAAACAG